GCCCUUUAAUUAAUUUUGUUAUAGCUACAAACCCUAACAGCUGCUUCCAUUCAAUAAUUCCAUCUACUUCUUUGACUUUGCCGUUGUUCUCUCCUAUUCCCUUUAAUAAAAAAAGAGCAUUAUCCAAUUCCUUCUCGCUUCAAUUUUGCUUAUUCAUCUUUUGCCGUUCAACCUCAUUUGCUCGCAUGGUGGUUUCCUUCUAACAAAAGAUUGGUGCUCCUUUCGGUUAGUUUUCUUCUGCACCCUCCCACAAGCGUCGUCUCCGUCUUGCUGGGUCACUCUUGAUUGCCUGUUUCAUACUGGGCCACGGUUGCUCUUCCCCCAGCUUUUUACCGUGAAUUUCGUUCUGAACUGCUAGAUGAGGUUAGGUUUGUCGAUUCCUCUGGCCGUCGGUUUACCAUGCUGCUCCACAAGACUCCUGCUCUUUGCCUGAUAGUGGCAGGGUUUCCACAAUUAAUUAGCCUUUACCAUUAAGGGAAGAUGCUGGUUCUUUAUGGCCUACGUGGGUGAUGCUGAGUUCCUUAUGUUCCAUGUGCUAGAGGUGAAUGCGCGCCUCCCAGAUGCCGGAGUUUCACCCGUGUAUCCUUUAGCCGUACAUGAACUAUUAGGGAAUGCUUGUAGCAAUCUUGCUGCUUAUUUUGUGCCCGCUUUGUCUCAGGACGAGGAUUUCUUGCUACCACAUUCAAUCCACUCUAAUUUGCCAUCAGUAAUAUAUCCCAUGGGUGAUACAUACACCAUCCAGUUCGCCUCGACCAUACAAAAUCUGCCCAUGCUUUCGUUGCUUCUGGAUAUUUAUUUCACUUUUGCUACUGAUUAUGAUGCCAAACCCCUUGACUAUCGCGCCUUUGCUUCAAUGCUUGGCCAUUACUCAAAUUUCUGCCCCGGAGCACUUCACAGCUUGCUCCCAAACCGUGAGGCUGUUGUUGUCGACAAACUGAUUUCAAAAUACCAAGCUGCCGAGUAUAUUUUGACCCUCCCAAUCAGUUUUGUUCAAAGGGCCUUUGGGAUUAAACCUGAUCAAGUCGACGUUGUCGAUGAUGCUGGUGUGUGUUACAAGGUCCACAUUCGCUCGAAGCCAAGUUGGCCUCGAGAGUGCUAUUUCGCUAAGCGGUGGAGGCCUUUUAGUCAGCACCACAUGCUGCGUACCGGAAGUGCCAUUAGGCUAAUGGUUUAUUCCUUUAAGAACUGGCGUGUGCAUUGUCAUGUCCUAUGUAUUUGAUGCCUUGUUCCCUGAAGCCGAAAACUGUGCUCCCACCAUCAAAUAUCGAACUUGGUGUUUCAUCAAUGUGCAAUAUGCAUUUUAUUAUGUGCUGUGGGUUAACCCAUUAAAUUAGCAAACUUUAGAUUUACUAUCCGGAUAUUGCUAAGAUAAAUUUAAUCAUAUUCAGUCA